CACAGAAACCCCCCUUUGUCUGCGGUGGAAUGCUUCCACGGCCCUUACAAUAGUGACUAUUGUCCUCUGUACCGAGUCUCCUACAUGAACUUGGACUCCUAUACUGUUACUCACGCUCUCUUCCACGCCAAUUGGCGCCUUCGCCAUCCGCGAAAGAUCUCCAGCCCUUCCCCCACGUUUGAGCAUAGGGCAUUUCUCGAUGCUGACCAUUUCAUGUCCCGGGUGCUGGAUAGGUCUCUGAAUAGAUUCCCAGGCUCCCCGUACCUCAAAGUCCUUUGUCGCGCCUUUACUUCUCCCUAUGCCGUCGCGGCGAAUACCAUCUGCGGUGCUAAGGCCAGAUAAGAGGUGGGCCCGAGUUGUACAAAGACAUGGGCCUCACCGUUAACACUCAUACUCGUGCGCGAGCCGUUUCCACCGCAGACAUUCUGCGUCCGGAAGACAAGGACAUUGCGCAACUUGUCAAGAGCCUUGACACCCUCGAUUACAGCUCCUACAUUGCUCUGCAAAACAGUCUCGAUCAGGCAACCUGCCUGCAACAGUUGCGGCACUUCCUAAAAGAUGAUAAUGAUGCCCACGGAGCACACAGUGGUUUUCGACGAGCUGGAGGCUUCCAAGCGCUACUCCGCCUCCUUCGCUCGCUCGUUGACAAGUACUCCGUGCCAACCGAUCCCCCUGCCACCACCAAGUCAUUCCUCCAGUCUCUUUCACAAUGGUUCGGCGUCCUUGGGGCAGCCUUGGAGGGGCACGAGGGAAACCAGAGAUACUUCAGAACAAAAGUGGACAGUGGUGGUUGGGACUCUCUACAAUGCACUUUGGAACAAUUUUUCACGAUCCUAUCUUGUCAGACAGGUGACGACCUAUACUUGGAACAUUUCUUUGGGAUCCUCUUCGCCACGGCUACUGGCGUGGAAAUGACCGAGGACAUUUACACUGCUCUAAAUCGGUCCAUAAGCUUUCAAGGCGGCAAUCUCUUCUCUGAAGAAACGAUUGAAACAGCACGGGCAGGCAUUGUUAAGUCGCUGGCAAACGAUGGUGAGUUAGCAGUGCCGGAGCUGCUAGUGGUGAUGCUUGGGCUUUGGACAGCCGGCAUCAAGGCUGGGAAGAUUCCACAACGACUGCUGAGAGUUACACUGCCACUCAGUAUUAGGGAGAUACUUUCGACAUCGCGGCAGAACAUUGUCUCCGCGCACACAGCUGGCACCUUCACUGCGUUGCUCAAGCUGAUCUUUGAAGAGCAACUCUCUGCGACUGAAAGGAGUCUGAUGAAGGAAGUGGCCCUGUUUUUGUGCCAAGAGGGCGUCUCCCAUUUGGACGAUGCCCAUUUUCUUUUCAAGCAGGCCAGUACGUCUUCCGAUGCAGCUUCAUUCCUGCAUGAUGCUAUCAUCGUUUCUCGGCAGCCUCCUAGUCUGCAAUUUGACCUGUCCCAGAAUGGCUACGCAUCCACGGAAUUAGCCACUCUGGGUAGACCUUUCCCGCCUCUUGACACUGGGGGCUACACGCUGAGCCUCUGGGCACGGUUUGAUGCCUUCGACACUCAAGCCCACACGACCCUCUUCGGCGCUUUCGAUAGAACUCAAACCUGUUUCGUUCUAGCCUACCUCGAGAAAGACACCCAUCACCUUAUCCUGCAGACUGCAAUACAAGGCAACAGGCCCAGUGUCAGAUUCAAAUCCGUGGCUUUUCAACCAGAUCAAUGGUAUCACAUCUGUUUGGUGCACAAGCGACCACGGACGACAUCUUCUUCCAAGGCUUUCUUGUUUGUGGAUGGAGACUUUGUCGAACAACAAAAGGCAAACUACCCUUCUACGCCUCCAAGUGAUCGUGGCCAAAACAAUGUCAAGGUACAAGCGUUCUUCGGUACACCCCAAGAUUUAUCCCCAAGUUCUGCCGGAGUAACUUGUCUGUCAAAGUGGUCACUCGGUUCUGCGGUUCUGUUUCAAGAUACCAUGAGCGACGAUCUGAUUGCCGUCUUUUAUCAUCUUGGCCCAAAGUAUCACGGUAACUUCCAGGAUUGCCUUGGUUCCUUCCAGACAUACGAGGCCUCAGCGGCGCUGAAUUUGCGGAAUGAGAUGUUACAUCCCGGAAAGGAGGAACAAUCAGAACUUAUUAUGGCUAUCCGACAGAAGGCAAGCAGUCUCAUCCGCGAGGACAAAAUAUUGAUUAAUGUUUCCCCUGCAACAAUCCUCGAUAACGAUGAUCGAAACAACAUUGAUGAGACUCAACUGGUCAAGUCAUUGUCAAGGCUGGCAGCCAAAAAUCUCGUAGCCUACACCCGUUCGGGCACGAGUGCUGUGGCGAUAAACGGCGCAGUGCCGUCGAUCAAUGAUGCAUUGACUCAAGCACGAGGCGUUUUUCUGCUCAUGGGUGACCCUACAGUGACGGUUCCGCAAUCGCUGGAUGAUGCUAGCUGGCGCUUGGGUGGCUGCGGUGCGGUUGGACUCGGGCUCGUCCAACGAGCGCGGACAACAGAGGACGUUGCCCUCGCCGUUGACAUCCUACUGGAAACCGUCCGACACAGUUGGAGAAACAGCGAAGUGAUGGAAAGGGAUGGCGGAUAUGCAAUUUUAGCGAUGCUAUUGAAGGAAAAGCUCAGCCUUCCCUCCCAGACCAACGGCGAAGCUGCAAAAGCCGCUUGGGCAAUUCCGACAUCGAGACUCGAUAGGACCGGGUUGAGCUUGCGGGUACUGACCUCCGUCCUUUCUUUCACCGGUUACAAUCCUGAGGAUCUAACGAAAUCCGUCAUCAACAACCCUCUGGCCUACAAAGUUUUAGUAGCAGACACCAGUCUGUGGAGAUGUGGACCACUUCCUGUGCAACAAUUAUACUUUGACCAGUUCUUGGUGUUUGGAGAACAAAGUGAAUACAAACGCUUCAACUUGAAGAGGCUCACGAGAAUGAGGGUGCUUAAACGACUGAUGGAAGCUCUAAAGUCGGAGCCCGUGACUCGGCCCAUCAUGCCACAGUACAUGGCCGCAAUCAAAGUCCUCUUGCCUCAAACGUUAUCGGCGGAAACUUUACGUUCGCUCGCCCUCUUCAUAACGUUCUCGGUGAACAAACGCAAUGUGGGAUUGCAAGCGCGAAAAACUAUCCGCAGGGAAGCACGACAAAGAAGUUCGUCAGCUGGAUCAUCUCAUGGUUCCAAGGACGACGCCACGUCGACUUUGACACAUUUUGAGAUUGGGAUGGAAGUUCUCCGCCUCUAUUCGGAGAUGUUGUGCCGCAAAGAUGACGACAGCCUGAUCAAGAAAUUUGCCAAAACUGUGACGAACAAGUGGCUUCUGUACUUGCUGUCCGAGACCUCGCCGGAAGUUGUGGUGCUUUCAAUGAGGAUUUUGGCGAGAUUGCUCGUCGUACACGGCGACGCCUACGUCAAGAAAUUCAAGGACACAUCCAAGACCUCUGGCUUUACCAUCAUGACCUAUCGCCUGAAGAGAUGGUGGCAUCUUCCGGCGUUGUGGCCUGCGUUGUUCGCCGUACUCUUUGAUCUUGAUGUUGCAAAUCUAGAUCUGGAUAGAAACUUCGAUCUGUACGGAUUCAUCGACCUUUUUGCUAACAAAAAAGAGCUCUCGGUGUUCUAUCCCGAAAUCCUCGAAGUCAUCACGGGCAUGCUGCAAAGCGGUCUGAAGACAAUUGUGUCGUCAAAAAGGCACCAAGCUGCAUCGUUCCUGGCGCCGCCAUUGGAGGAGUUGAGUGGACCACCAGAGCGACUUUCCAUGUCAACAAUGGCACCACCGAACCCGCUGCUCACCAUUGUAACAAGCCAACACGUCGAGACAUUUAACACUGUUGUCCAAUUUCUUGCGGACCUCCACACCAGGUCACAGAAGUUCCGCGACUUUGCAGCCACGUCAUCAUACAUUCAAGAUCUUCUUGCUGUUCUGUUCCCUGUCGUGGUCGGUUCUGACGUGGUUGAAGCAAAGACCGAGUUGGAUGCUCGGGAUUCGACGCUUACAUUCGAUGGCGGAGAUGUUGUUGUUCAUCCCCUCUCGACCACCCCUCCUAUUAUCCGGACUAUAGACACAGAAAACUCAUCUACGGCGACCAGAGGCAAGACCCUUCGGAGAGGUUCGUCCUUUGUCCUCGUCACGAAGGAGCAUGCCCACCAGAAUGGUUCUGUCGCCACCACAGCAGUUUCAGCUUCCGGCGGCUCGAACUCGGCUAUGGGAAAAGUGCCUGAACUUCACGACGGUCAUUCUAUUGUUCAGGGUUUGCUGGAAAUAGUCAUAUCCGUUUUCAUGGAUCAGAUCCUCGUUCGAAAAGAGUUUCCAGGACUUGGUCUAUUCUUGAAGACGCCGCCUGGUUUCAUUGAACACCAGUCUUACUUCGAAACGUGGAUCUUGAGAAACACCGUCUCGCACCUCGCGAACCACAUAGCGUUAAAUCAGACGAUCCUGACGGAACCCAGAGUUCUGAUCAACCUAGCCCGCCUCUUCGGACAUCUUGAAGAGGCUCUCUUUGAAGGAUGGUUCAUUGGCGGGGGGGAUCCAGUACUUGACCUAUCAGGUUCCAUACUAGAAUAUCUUCAACGUCCUGAUAUUGCAAAAUUGAAGAGCGUGCGACUGUGCGCGCAAACAAUUGCCAUCAUCCGCGCUGUUGUUUUCCGGACCGUGCUCCUGAGUCUUUCAUCGAUCCAUGACAACGACUCGUUACCCUUUCUGGAAAAGUUGACAUACUGGCAGACUGUCCUGCUCUCAGGUGAAGACACCCAAUCUGCCAAUCUGCAGCUAAUCUGUUACCUACUGUACGCCAACCUCAUCUCUUCAACCAAUGCAGUUCGGCAAGCGGCGGCCAAUUUGUGGAGGAUCAUACUCGUUCAAAAACCUGAUGAAGCAGCAGCAAUUUUUGGGCAAACCGAUACGACGGAGCAGAAAGGCUUGGCCGGAGGGUUUUCAAAGCUGGUUGAACUCGACAACGAGACUUUCCUCUACUGGGUUGACGAGCAUCGCAGUGAGCUGGAUUCUUUGUUUUUCGAUACCCUUUCAAAGCAGUGGAAUGCAUUCGUCAGUUCGGAAAAUAAGAGGACUGAAGAAAAUGGCCGUCUGAGAAUAGCACGUCGGCGAGAGAAGGUCAAGCAAUGGGCACGGGAAGAGGCCGACCGUGACGAUCUGAUUCGCCGCCAUGAGAUCGCCUUUGAGAACUGGACUGCCAACAUAUAUUCCUCCGAAUACCUCAAGCACCAGAGACUGCUUCAAGACCAGCAGGAUGACCUGGUGUACGCCGAAGCCAGCUUCAGUCGGAUGCAAAGGGAUACAAGUAAACCAGCCGGGCUGUUUGCUACCAAUAAACCCAGAAAGUGGAGGUUGGAUCAGACAGAAGGGCGGAAUCGAAUGCGUAUGCGAUUGCACGAAGACUACACUUAUACAGAAGAAGAUCAGCAACCAAAGAGGAAAGGAUCUGACAUGCCACAAUUGCGGCUCGAUACUAGAAAUACCAAAAUGUCCACGGCGGAAUCGAUAGGUGUUACACCCGGCGGAGCAACGCCAGUCGUCGACACUCCCAAGCGCGUGAACACCGGGACUGAGCCGUUCCCUGCACUCCAAGAAAGUACAGAACAGGCUUCCGACCAGACAGCAGACAAUGAAACCCAGAGUGAAGCCAUGGAGGGAGAGGAGAGUUUCGAAUUGGUUGAAGAUCCGAAUGCUGAGAUGGAUGAAUUUGAGGACAAGAAUCGAAAGGUGAUGCGUAGCCUUCACCGCGGAGACCAGGUCAAGCACGUUGCCAACAUUUCGCGCAUUCUAGGACUCGAGGCGGUGGAAGGACUACUAAUUCUGGGCAAGGAUUAUAUCUAUAUCCUAGACAAUUUCUUUCAACGUGCUGAUGGAGAAAUUGUGAAUGUCUGGCAAGCACCACAAGAAGACCGAGAUCCUUAUGUGCGAAUGAUCUCUGGGCGAGAUGUCACGGAACGCAAGAUUGUGUCGCGGAGUGACGAACAUGGCACUCGAAGCUGGAAGUGGUCUGAUAUUAUCAGCGUUUCCAAGCGGCGCUUUCUUUUCCGAGAUGUCGCAAUCGAGAUCUUCUUCGGUGAUGGCAGAAGCUACUUGUUGACCGUGAUCUCGCCUCAGAUUCGGAACGACUUGCACAGUCUCAUCAGCGCCAAAGCCCCUUCGCCCACCGGACUGGGCAGUCAUUCGGAGACGGCCUGGCGCUAUGAGACUUUGAGAAGUGUGGAUGACGAACCACAGACCCUGGGGUCCAAGUUUGCAAAUGUGUUCGGUCAGCAGUCGACCUCUCUCGCUGCAACUCGGAAAUGGCAAAAGGGGGAAAUGUCGAAUUUCCACUAUCUCAUGCUGAUCAACACGAUGGCGGGAAGAACGUACAACGACUUGACACAGUAUCCCGUGUUCCCGUGGGUCAUUGCAGACUACACUAGUCAAGAACUUGACCUCACAGACCCAAGAACAUUUCGCGAUCUUUCCAAACCCAUGGGUUGUCAGACGAUCGAACGCGAGAGAGAGUUCAGAGAACGAUACCAAACGUUUGCGGAAAUGGGCGACAACAAUACCCCAGCUUUCCAUUACGGAACGCACUAUUCCUCGGCAAUGAUCGUGACCUCUUACUUGAUUCGCCUGCAACCCUUCGUCAAGUCCUAUCUCCUCUUGCAGGGCGGUACAUUUGAUCAUCCCGAUCGCAUGUUCUUUUCGAUUGAAGGGGCUUGGAGGUCAGCGGCCCGAAUGAACAUGACCGACGUUCGCGAGUUGACCCCGGAGUUUUACUAUCUGCCAGAAUUCUUGGUCAAUGUCAAUGAUUUCGACUUCGGAACCAGGCAAACGUCGCAGUCCAUUGGAAACGUUGAGCUACCACCGUGGGCAAAAGGUGACCCUCGCAUCUUCAUUGCCAAGCAGCGCGAGGCGCUCGAGAGUCCCUAUGUCAGCCGCAAUUUACACAAAUGGAUCGAUCUGAUAUUUGGCAGUAAACAGAAAGGGGAAGCUGCCGUGGAGGCCGUGAACGUGUUCCAUUACCUCUCGUAUCAGGGUGCAAAGGAUUUGGACGCCAUCAGCGACCCGUUGGAACGGCUUGCAACCAUUGGAAUCAUCCAUAACUUUGGCCAGACACCAUAUCAGGUCUUUACCAAACCGCAUCCCACGCGGGAACAGAUCCGACAUCGAUACAAGCGGCUUGAUACUGCCGCAGAAUCGUUGACUCGUAUCCCUUCCACGCUCCUGGAAACUGGGGAGAGGGUGGCUUCGCUCAGAUAUUCCUGGAAGUCUGAUCGGCUGCUGUGCUCGGGACCAUUCAGACUGAAUAUUCCUCCGGACUACGACAUAUACCUUGAAUGGGGCUUUUCUGACAACAGCGUCCGUUUCUACUCGACCGAGAGCAGGAAGCAGAUCGGGCUCUUUGAGCAUCUGCACAUUGGACAGUUGUCAUGUGCACUCUUCGCGGAUUCGAAAACAUUGAUCACUGCUGGGACAGACUGCACUGUGGCUGUAUGGACAGUCAUUGAAAGUGGGAAGACGGUGGAACUACAUCCGCGAGCCACACUCUUCGGCCACCGCAAGCCGGUGAGUUCCUUGGCUAUAUCCAAGUCAUUCAAUGCACUGUUAUCAGCUUCGACGGAUGGUCAGGUGAUGCUUUGGGAUCUUAAUCGCAGCGAGUUCAUCCGCAAGUUGGAUGGUGAGCUGCCAGUGCAAUGUGCGGCUAUCAACGACGUUACGGGGAAUAUUGUCCUCUGUCACGGGCACGAGAUCAGCAUGUAUACCCUGAAUGGCGAUCUGCUCCUGCGACAGGACUCGGGAGACCGCUCGCAGGAGAGCAUCGUCUCGUGCGCAUGCUACGAGGGAGCGGGCAACGAGUGGCUGGAGCGAGACCUAGUCUUUACCGGCCACAAGAGGGGUCAGGUCCGCAUCUGGAGCAAAAUGAUCCGCGAUGGCCGGUUUGAGCUGGAGCUCAUUCGACAGCUCAACCAUGCUGACAGCAGCCGGGAUGAUGGAGCAAAUGUGAAUGCAGGCAUCAGCUGCAUCCUCCCAAUGCCCCAAGUGGUCUACACCGGGGACGAAGACGGGCGAGUGUACGAAUGGAACUGUGUGCAGAGGCACUAACGCAGAAUAUGCUUUGCGGACAGUGCUCUGUAAUGGAGGGUUGCAAGAUACACCAAUUGUGAGUUAGAAAGGCAUAGCAAGGCGCGGGUCUCAGUUGGGGGUGGGUGGGUGUUGAAUACGAGCGUUGACCUAUAUUAUUGACUCGAGUUGGCCGGGUUACCCUGCUUUCAGAGCAUUUAGAAAAAGCCUCCUCUGGUAAAAGUUGGAUAGAUAGCGUAGACGCAAACAGCACAGGUCCAUGGGAAUAGCAAGGAAAAGGGCUCGGGAAGGAGCAAACAGAAAACGAUUCCAGCCAUGGUGAUGAAAUACCACAUGCAUCAGUCUGACUACAGAUGUCUUUGGGUACGCUGCUCUUUUGUAUCUA